GUUGUAAUUGAGCCUGCACCUACCAGCUGCCAUCUUCUUUGAGCUUCAAGUAAUUGACUCAUGCCGGAAUGACGAUUUUCCACUUGAGAAGUCAAUCGAAAUAAAAUCCAUAAUGGGCAUUAUUGCUUAUAAAAUUGUCCGACAGGAGGAUUGCCAUCCCGUAAACUAUACCAGCAGGUUGUUUAUAUAGGCUUUGAAGAUGUCCUCAUGGCCUUGUUGCUAUUCACAGAUUCAGUUCUUCUUAUAGAUUUGCAGAUACAAGACUUGAUAAAAAGUAGCAAACAGUCAUGGUUGAACGCUCUGAUAUCCAUCCAGGACCACAUGUAUUCCAACAGCCAGAAGACUUGCCCUGGUAUCGGUACGAGGGUCGCGAAGUUGGUGUACUAUUCCAUGGGCUUAACGUAUGGGGAAAAGUAGCUGGUGAAGCACGGGCGAAAGAUAUUCUUGCCAUCUUCCAAGAUGUGUUCUUCGAAUCACCGAUCAACCUUGUUCGUCGCAUUAUAGGUCGUCGAAUACAUCGCAAUCGACUCCUCAUUCACGAUGCAGUGGGUACAGCUGAACCUGGGAAGACCUUGCUGGUGCUCGGUCGACCAGGGUCGGGCUGCUCUACGCUACUGAAAGCUCUGGCAAAUCAACACGGCUCUUUUGAGAAAGUGGAAGGCCAUUUACAACACGGAGCCUUCCCAUUUGAAGAGUCAACACGUCUACUUCGAUCAAAUAUUGUGUACAGCGGGGAGGAUGAUGUUCAUUUUCCCACCUUGAGCGUUGGCCACUCCAUGGAGUUUGCUUUGAACCUGCGAAAGCCCAAACGACUGGACCAUGAAUCGAACGCAGAUUUCGUUCGACGGCUUUCCAAGACGAUACUAGAGUCCCUUGGUAUUGCUCAUACUAAAGAUACCAUCGUUGGGGAUGCUUUCGUACGCGGAGUAUCGGGCGGCGAGCGUAGGCGCGUAACCUUGGCUGAGGUUCUCACAGCUGGACCAGCCAUCGUUUGUUGGGAUAAUCCUCUACGUGGACUCGACAGUUCCUCCGCCUUGAGCUUCCUCAAGCUUCUCAAGACUCUAUCGACCACGACUGGUAUGACAAACAUUGUUACAGCCUACCAAGUCUCGGAAAGUAUCUAUCAAGAAUGCUUCGACCGCGUACUGCUCUUGUAUGAGGGCCGCACCAUUUACUCUGGACCUGCUGGGAAUGAAGCCAAAGCAUACUUUACGCAUCAUCUUGGUUUCCAUUGUCCGGACAGGCAGACUACAUCUGACUUCCUAACGGCAAUAACAUCUCCCGAAGAGCGGCAGGUUGUCGAAGGUUUCACACCUCCGCCCCCUAUGGAUCCUGAUGGCCUUGCCGAAAGAUUUCGACAAAGUGCCUACUUCAGGGAGCUAGAGAUGGAUAUGAAGCAAUUUCGAAUUCAUGCUGCCGAAGACAAAGGACAGAUUGCGGCGAUCGAAGAGGACAUACGUUCUACCAAACAUCCUCUCACUCGAAGGGAGGGUUUCACGACUCGAACAUUCCACAGUCAGCUCAUCGCAGCUAUGACAAGACACUAUCAGCUACUAUGGGGCAUGCGAAAGACUGUAUUUACCGUCAUCAUGUUCAAUAUCAUCAAUGCUUUGGUCAUCAGCGCUGCUUACUUUUUGUCGCCUGAUACAAACAACGGAGCGUUUAUGCGGAGCGGUGCUAUCUUCUUCGCGCUGAUCUUCUUUGCGCUCAAUAGCCUGAGUGAGGUCACUCCAAUGGUGAAGUCACGCCUGAUAAUGAAGAAACAUUACGAACUUGGCAUGCUGCACCCAGGGAUAGGCGUAGUGUCCCUAACUUUGGCUGAGCUUCCAUUAUGCUUUAUCCAGACAUUGCUGUUCUCGAUUCCAUACUACUUCAUAAUAGGGCUUUCGAAGACGGCAAGUGGCUUCUGGUACUUCGAACUCAUCAUGUUUGCUUCAUAUGCAGCUUUCAUGGCUUUAUUCAGAGCAAUGGCAGCUUCGGUACCGAACGUUCCCGUGGCACUUAUGUUGGCGGGAGCCGCUUUUCCAGUUGUGCUCCUACCUUCUGGUUAUGCGCCAAUAUGGCCAACUCUACUCAGAUGGAGCUCGUGGAUUCGUCGCAUUUCUCCAUCACCUUUUGCACUCGAGGCCUUGAUGGCCUUCGAAUUUUCCCAAGUGACUUUACACUGUGCUCCUGAUGAAAUGGUCCCAAAUGGCGCUGCGUAUGAGGCAACCUGCCCGCUUCCAGGGGCCGAGGAAGGUUCAGCCACUUCAACCGGCCCAGAUUAUCUAGCCACUCGCUUCGACUACUAUGCUUCCCAUGUUUGGAGAAAUUUUGGCAUCAUUGUCGCAAUGUGGGCUAUCUAUACCUGUAUGAUGGCAGUUGGUCAGACAUGCAUGACUAGGCGUGGCGAGGGUGCUGCCGUUGGUCGUCGAUACAAGAGAGGUGCUGUGCUACCCAGCGACCUGAUGGACAGGCAGGUAGAAAGGAAAGAAGUUGAUGUGGAGUCACAAAGCAGUCACCAUCCGAAUUCGAGUGAUCAACAUGAAGCUAGUCAGGCAGACAGUCCGGCGGCUUUCACUUUCUCCGAAGUUUCGUAUAUCGUGUCGGUGGAGGGUGGAAAAAGAAAACUCCUUGACAAUGUCAAUGGUUAUGUGAAACCUGGUCAACUUACCGCACUGAUGGGAGUCUCAGGGGCAGGUAAAACAACUUUGCUGGACACCCUUGCGUGGCGGAAGAUCGAUGGAGAAGUGUCCGGAGAUAUAAAACUCGGCGGUCGCCCCAUCAUUGACCUCGGAAACGCUUUCUCACAAGCGUGUGGAUUUUGCAUGCAACAAGAUGUCCACGACGAAGGAACCACGGUGAAAGAAGCACUCGUUUUUUCGGCACUGAUGCGCCGUCCGCUUUCUAUACCCAAAGAAGAGAAACUCGCACACGUUGAAAAAGUCAUCGACCUAUUAGCCUUGAGAUCUAUCCAGGAUGCACUUGUCGGCAAACCUGGGGAAGGCGGUUUGGGGGUUGAAGAACGCAAGAGGUUGACCAUUGGUGUGGAGCUUGCGGCCGACCCUUCAGCCUUGCUCUUCCUUGAUGAACCUACCUCAGGCCUGGACAGUCAAGCUGCUUUCUCUCUCGUGCGUUUUCUUCAAACAAUCGCGGCUACUGGUGUACCAAUCGUAUGCACCAUUCACCAACCCUCUGCGAUCAUCUUCGACAUGUUCGACCACAUUUUGCUUCUUGCACCAGGAGGAAGAACUGUGUAUUUUGGCGAGACAGGCAAGAUGUCUAGCACCGUUGUCGACUACUUCUCUCGACAUGGUGCUCCUAUGGCGCCCAAUGCAAACCCGGCGGAGUUCAUUCUCGAUACCGUUGCGGAGAGAACCCGCGCUGACACAUGGACACAACAUUGGCGUGAGUCCGCCGAGAACAAGAAAUUGAAAGAUGACAUCGAGACUAUCAAUCGUUCAUCGCCGCAUACGGCGGUAAUGUCACAUAAUUUGCCUAUACUUCAUCAGUGCAUUUACCUCACUAAGCGUCAUGCUAUUUCGAUCUGGCGCGACGGGUUCUACAGCUUCAGUCGACUAUCCAAAGCCAUUUUCAUGGCACUUUUCGUGUCAUUCAACUUUUUCAAACCUCACAAUAGCCAGCAGGACGCACAAAAUCGCAUCCUUGCGCUAUUGAUCCUCCAGUGGAUUGUUCCGAGCUCUGCCGCCGAUUUAUUCGACAUCUGGUUCUCAAAAUGGACUCUCUUCACCACUAGGGAGCGGGCAGGUGUAGGAUAUUCUCCCUUCUCACUAUGCGCGGCCCUCAUCAUCGUGGAAGUCCCCAUUGCCAUCAUCAUCUACACAUUCUUCUUCUUGUGCAGCUGGUGGACUGUGGGGUUCGGUUUCGCCGGGUUUGGGUAUCUUAAUUUCCUUGCCCUUGGAAUAUUCGGGAUAGGUUUCCCAUUUGCCAUAGCCAGUUUGUGUGCAAACAGCGAAUUAGCAGGCUAUGCCAGUAGUCUUAUUUGGUGUGUCAUGGCUACGUUUGGAGGCAUCGCUGUUCCGCAUGCCGAUAUGAACAACUUCUAUCGUCCGUGGCUAUUCUGGGCGGAUCCGAUGCGUUACUUUUUGGGAGCAACUGCGUCUGUGGGGUUGCAUGAUGUGCCAAUAAAGUGCAGCAAAACUGAAAUAGCGACGCUUCAGCCGUUAGAUGGCAUGACGUGUGGUACGUAUCUGCGGGAGUAUCUGGCAACGAACACGGGUUACGUUGUCAAUCCAGAUUCGCGACGAGACUGUGGGUUCUGCCCAUAUAGUACUGGUGACGAGUACCUGGCUGGGUUUGACUUCUAUUUCGAUGACAGAUGGAGGGACUGGGGAGUAUUCACAGCAUUUUGUUUCAGCACCUUGGCUAUUGCAUUCAUUUGCAGCUGGCUGAGAUACGGGAGAGGAAUAAACGUCUCUAAGAUCUUUUAUAGGUUGAGACAGGUGAAACGAUAG